AUGUCCACCUCCAACAAAGGCCCCGUAAAAGUCGGCCUGAUCGGCUGGGGCGGCUCCGCCAACGUCUACAACCUCCCCUACCUCAUCCCCAACCCCAACCUGCACCUCUACGCCAUUCACCAGCGCAAGGGUCCCAAAGACCCAGGUCUGGGCCGCUUCGGCCACUGCACCGACUCUGCCUCCCAACAGCGCCUCAAGGACUGGGGCUGUGCGACACAGCCGAAAUGGUACCAGUCCCAAGACGAAUUCUUCGCGGAUCCAGAGAUCGAGGUUGUGGUCGUGACGACCGGGCACGGGAGUCAUUUCAGCCUGGCUAAAGCAAGUCUGGAGGCUGGGAAACAUGUGCUGGUGGAGAAGCCGUUUGUGACAAGGGCGAGCGAUGCGAAUGAGUUGAUCAAGUUGGCGAAGGAGAAAGGGUUGAUUCUGACGGUAUAUCAGAAUCGGAGGUGGGAUAGCGAGUUCCUUACGCUGCAGAAACUGCUGAAGCAGGAUGCGCUGGGAGAAUUGACGGAUGUGACGAUCCACUAUGACUUUGAGAUGCCGGCGUGGAUUCAGGGGUGGACGCAGCCAGAGUAUGAGGAGGGGAGUGGGGCGGGGAUGCUGUAUGGGUUGGGUACGCAUAGUCUUGAUCAGGCGUUGUUGGUGUUGGGUAGGCCGGAGAGGGUGACGGGGUUCAUUAGGAGUUUGAGGGUAGGUGAAGGUGGUGAGAGGGUGGUGAGUGAGGUGGACGAUACAUUCAUGGCAGUCUUAGAAUAUGGGAAGGAGAGGCCGGUGGUAUGUACGGUCAAGACGACGGUCGUUAACAUUGUCGAGCAGCCGUUGAAAUACUUUGUGAGGGGUCGGAAGGGGACAUUUACGAAGAGAGGGGAGUGUGUGCAGGAGAAGCAGACUAACGAGGGGAUGAAGAGUACGGAUGAGGGAUUUGGGCAGGAUGAGGAGAGGGAUUAUGGGGAUUUAGUGACUGUGGAUAAGGUAGAGGGAGCGGUACAGAAUUGGGAUGAGGGUAGGAAGAAGUGGAUUGGGAAGUUCCCAACGGAGAGCGGAUAUUGGAGGGGCUUGUAUGAGAACUUGGCUAAGGCUGUCCGUGGGGAGGAAGAGAUCAAGGUCAAGGCGGAGCAGAGUCGGGACGGAUUGAGACUGAUAGAGCUGGUGAGGGAGAGCGUGCGGAAGGGCUCGAGUGUUCUGUGGACUGAUGCAUGA